UCCUGUAUCCUGCUGUAACACCUCUACCUGCUGCUUGUGAUAGUUUUAUAGUAAAAACCGACAGUUUGAAACAAACAAUGUGCCUUUAUUUAGUUGGAGAGUAUCAUCAUCAUCAUGCUGGAACCCAGAGAUGUCAACAAAGGUUAGAAGAAGCAGAAGGAGUUGAACCACAAUGUCCAGCAGUUUGCUGUGUAGUCGAGGCAGGUUGGUCUUAUGUAAGACCUCUGGCCAUCAAGCAUUAGCUGCCCUGCGGGUCGGCAGAACCAGAACCUUCUCUGCUGCAAGCUCAGAUGAGCCUUACAUUACUGUAUCACACACAGACUCAGGCCCCAGGACCGUGUGGCCUGAUGAGAACAUGGGACCAUUCGGACCUCAGGACCAGCGCUUUCAGUUACCGGGUAACGUUGGGUUUGACUGUCACCUGGAGGGCAUGGAGGACCAGAGGAAGACUCCAGUCCACCGGACGGUGCCUGAUGUACUGACGGCCCCAAGCUGCACAGAGAGACAUCAGUUCAUACUGGCCCAGUUUGUUAAUGAGUUCCAAGGAAACCUGGGUACUAUAGACACCAGAGUCCACAAAGCUGAGCAGUAUUUUAAUCAGACGGACGCAGACUGCUCCAUAAGUUCCUGCCCUGAGCUGUUAAGGAAAGAUCUUGAGCUCAUGUUCCCCUCGGCGCCCACCACCUCCAUCACAGUAGUGACGGUCACACAGAGUAACAGUCGGCGUGCGGAGGAGGCAGCAGCAGAGCUGGACAAAGACCAGCUGCUCCACAAAUUUGUGAGCGGAGCAAAGGAGAUGUGCUUCGCUCUGUGGACCGCGGGCUACUGGGCCGACUUCAUCGACCCAACAACAGGAGAAGCUUUCUUUGCAUCUCCAUCGAGUCAAACCAAACUGCGGACAGAGGAGGAGCUAAGAGAUUUGGGCUUCCACAUCGAAGUGUCGGGCUCCUGCACGGUCAUCCGCCACAUCCUGAGAGGAACGCCGUUGUUUGUGGGGACUGUUUUCACCAACGCACCCGCUCACAGCUCAGCUAUAGCGAGACUACAAGGACUUUCUAAUGUACUCGCUGAUGAGGAAUAGGCUUUUUUAAAAUAUAUAUAUUCCACAGAACUAAAUCCAAACGAGGCCUCUAUUUAUGGUUUGAAGAAGCUUGGAAUAUGGUAGUGUUGGUACAGGGUUGUAUCAGUGAAAGGAAAGUUUGUCGUAACUGUAACAAGGACUUGACUGAGACUAUAAUCAGGUCAACCCGGCUUACCCUGCACUACACCCAGGGAGAAACACAGUGCAGAGGGCAGGGCUCUGACUACAAAUAAAAGGCGUUUGAACAUGUAAUAUCUGCUGUUUGAGAAGCUCGUAGACGAUGUUUGGAGGAUGACAUCGUCUGUGCUUUUAUGCUAGAACUAUGGAUUUGAGAUGGAAACUCAGAUAUCAGGUCAAUAACUUUUCAUAUGAACAUGUAUAGUGUUGUUUCUUUUUGUUCUAAAGAGAUAUGGGUACUGUUUGAGUUGAAGCACUACAGCUGUGAAAGUCAAAUAAAGUGUCUCCAGUGACGCUGUAUUCCCCGUA